AAGUGAGGCUCGGGCGGGCCGCUUCCUGAUGCCGAGGUGCUAGACUGGAUAGCAGUAAGCAGAACUGGGGUGUUACAGAAAGAAGACAGAUCUGCACGCCAGGGCCACUACGAAUAGACGCACAACGGCUUAAGUGAGGCAAAGACAUCACCGCUGCAAUGUCGCACCAGACCGGGAUCCACGCAACUCCAGAACUCAAGGAAUUCUUUGCCAAAGCACGAAAUGGAUCAGUGAGACUGAUUAAAGUGGUCAUUGAAGAUGAGCAGCUGGUUUUGGGUGCAUACAAAGAGCCUUCACGUUCCUGGGAAAAGGAUUAUGACAGCUUUAUUCUUCCUACACUGGAUGAGCAGGAACCAUGCUACAUUCUCUUCCGCCUUGACUCUCAAAAUGCCCAGGGCUAUGAAUGGCUGUUCAUCUCCUGGUCUCCAGAUCAGUCCCCGGUGAGGCUGAAGAUGUUGUAUGCUGCAACGCGAGCCACAGUGAAGAAGGAGUUUGGGGGUGGACACAUUAAGGAUGAAAUGUUCGGGACACUUAAGGAAGACAUUUCUUUCCAGGGUUACCAAAGACACAUCUCUUCUUGUGCUGCCCCAGCCCCACUGACUGCUGCUGAACAGGAGCUGCAACAAAUUAAAAUCAAUGAGGACAAGGUGGUGCGGGACUCCAGGCGCAGGAUGGUGAAGACAGAAAUUAGCGUUGAAAGCAAGCAUCAGACUCUUCAGGGCCUGGCUUUUCCCCUCCAAGAAGCAGCCCAACAGGCCAUCCUUCUGCUCAAACAGGGCAAAGUAAACUAUGUCCAGCUGAAACUGGAUACAGAGCGAGAAACCAUUGAACUUGUCCACACCAACCCAACAGAAAUCCCUGACCUGCCUCGGCGCAUUCCGAAUGACACCCCACGCUACCACUUUUUUCUGUACAAGCAUUCUCAUGAGGGCGACUACCUCGAAUCUGUGGUAUUCAUCUACUCCAUGCCCGGGUACAAAUGCAGUAUAAAGGAGCGGAUGCUCUACUCAAGCUGUAAGAGCCGCCUUUUGGAUGAAGUGGAGCAAGACUUCCAGCUGGAAAUCGCCAAGAAGAUAGAAAUUGACAAUGGGGAAGACCUGACAGCAGACUUCCUCUAUGAAGAGGUGCACCCGAAGCAACAUGCUUUUAAGCAGGUUUUCUCCAAACCCAAAGGACCGGCUGGCAAGCGAGGCAUGAAGCGGAUCAUCAAGGGCCCAGGCGAGAAUGGAGAGGAUAGCUAAAAGCGCACGAACCUGUUUACACCACUCUGCUGAUGGUGCUGGCUUCCAUCCCAGUGCUAGGGCUACACUCUUUGGCACCCUUGCCUACCCCUCAUGCUGGUGCUAGAUACUUGGCCGCCCUGCAUCCCAAUGACAGACACUUUUUGUUUUUUUGUUUUUUUCUUCCAUUUUGCAACUUCAGAAAUUUUCAAUUGAGAAUCACUGCAAAGGAUUCCAUUGCCUGACUGACACAUGCAUCUCCAAUAGCUUACCGUUGAGUUCUUCCAUCUUCUCCCCUCACUUUAGUUCUAACUUUCCUUGUACUUGUCAGCAUUGGAGAUGGCUGUGCACUUUUUCAGUUCUUAAUGAAGAGUCCAGUGCUGAGCUUACCCCCCUUUUUAUAUACAAAUAUGCACGUAUAUAUUUCCCUUCACACCACGCUGUUAGACGUUUGAUCCUCUGUUUCUUUCAAUGAGGACUAUGUUAACACCGAGACUCCUGCCUUAGAGAUGCUGCCUGUAGUGGUAAUUUCCUCAUCCCACACGAGACGUACUGCGCGGCAUGAAGAUCCCCUUUCUCUAAUGUCCACAGUCUGACCACCAAACUCUAUCCCAUGUUCUUUGGUGGCCCGACACUGCCUACUUUGGGUAUCAUGUUAUUUGCUCUCAACAAAAAAGUUAAACUUUCUUUCAUUUUUGUUCUUGUAAUGCAGAAUGCUGUUUCUGCUUCCCUCUUUUUCUUCCUGACAGACUGACUGUUUAAUGCAAAAUAGACUCUUAUGUAUUGUGCAGAAGUCCAUCUCCGAUUUUUAAAGCAUUCCAUCUUGUUUAUAAUUGUGGAGUACCCGUUGGGCACCGUGCCACAAUUGUUUUUUUUUUCUCCUCCCCAAGUGGCUUAAACCGAUGCUCAUGAGCAGUUGCUGUCUCCAUGCAUCACUAAAAGUCAUUCAGAAGUAACGUUUACUUGAGCUGGCUAAUGGACUCUUUCCUUUUCUUACCUCUUCCUGUUUCCUGGACUGUCAAAUCCAGUAUGCUGAUGGGGUAGCACAUUGGAAGGCCCACAUUUCUGAAUUGCGUAUGGCAGUCUUCUAUGAUGUUUCUCCAGCAACCUUCAUGAGGUGAGUUGUUGGGGGUAUUUAAUUUUAGAUCAAGACCCUCACCGGGCAGGAGAGUGAAUAUUUGGUUGGUCUACAACCAUCGCUAUGUUACAAUGCAUUUAUGUACAACAGCAAAAAUAUUUCUUGACUUUUUUUUUUCUUUAAUUUCCUUAUGAAAUGAUUGUGCUGACUUUAUAAAUACAAAGUCCUGUACAUAAAGAUUGAUCUGAAAUACCCAGAGGAAUGUAAUCAUGGUGUCUAAAAUCUUUAAAGCAAAUUACAGAUGGAGUUCUUGACUGUAGUGGUUCUUGAAAUAAACUUUAUUUUUUUCUGAAAAAUUAAAAAGAUAAAUUGUCAAGUAAAAGUAGACCUCUUUAUUUAUGGCGAAUGUGAAUCAAAUACUGUUGAACAAAUAAAAUGUGCAUAUUUUGUACCCUCUGAA